GAUGUGGCCAGCCGCCCUUGUUCCCCCAGCCGCAAACCAGGAUUGUGGGAGGCAAAAACGCUCCCUUCGGACGGUGGCCCUGGCAGGUUUCUGUGCGAAGGACGUCUUUCUUUGGAUUCUCCAGCACCCAUCGCUGCGGCGGCGCCAUUCUCAACGUAAAUUGGAUUGCCACCGCCGGCCAUUGUGUCGAUGAUUUACUGACAUCCCAGAUCCAGAUUAGGGUAGGAGAAUACGACUUCUCCAGCGUUCAAGAAGAGCUUCCUUGCGUAGAAAGAGCUGUCAAGAAAAAAAUAGUCCAUCCUCUGUACAACUUCUUCACCUACGAGUAUGAUCUGACCUUGGUCCAACUGGAUAAAUCCUGGGAUUUCGCGAUUCCCAUCUCACCGAUCUGACUUCCUGCAACGGAUGACCUGCUCAUUGGAGAGAAUGCGACAGUGCAAGUGCCCAUUGUGAGUAACGACCGAUGUAAGAGCAUGAUCCUGAGGGCGGGAAGGCACGAGUUCAUUCCUGACAUCUACCUGUGCGCCGGACACGAGAACGGCGGACAAGAUUCAUGCCAGGGUGAUUCCGGUGGGCCUCCGCAGGUGCGCGGUAAGGACGGCUGCUACUUCCUCGCAGGUAUCACAUCCUGGGGCAUCGGAUGCGCCGAAGCCACCCUUCCCGGCGUCAGCACGCGCAAGGACAACCAUCUACCAACAUGGUAUCUAGAAUGUAUGCUGUUUCGUAUGGUCGAUGAACUCCCGGGUCUCGUGCUCGAGCUCUGUGAGGACCUCGGUACGUCGGAGUGCCUGCAAGGCUGCUCUGAUAUCGGACAAGUCCUCGGUGGAUGUGCCCAGCAGAUAUCCCAGAGCUUCUUUAAGAGCAAGCAGUUCUGCCUAGAAGACGGUACAGAAGUCGGCUAG